UCACGCUGAUAUUUGCAAGCAAGAUGCUAUUGUGGGGUUUUCUUGGCUGCUGGAUGAUGAGCCGCCUCCAGCUACGUUGAACCACGUUUCAAUGGAGGAAAUUUUAUUUUCAAAGGAAAAUGCACCCUUUGAUUCUGCUUCUUUUCUUGAGAAGGCGAAAUUGUCUCCGGAAGACAUAUCUUCCAUAGAAAUGGAGACGAGAGGACAAAGUUCCAACUGGAAAUGGGCAAGAUACAGAAAAUUUCGCCUCACAGCCAGCAAUUUUGGCUUUGUUAUUAAGGCCAUGAAGCGGAACAGUUAUCCGAAGUCUCUAUUUACGCGACUUGAGGGCUCCAAAGAUUUGUCCAAAAUCAAGCAAAUCCAAUGGGGCCUUCACAAUGAAAAAGCUGGUGUCUCUGUGUCGGAGAAAACGUUAAAUGUUAGUGAAAGUGGGUUAUGGCUUGAAUCAUCUGGAUUGCUUGGUGCUAGUCCUGUUGGAUUUUUCCGUAAUCAGGAUGGCUCCACAAGCAUAUUGGAAGUCAAAUGCCCUUUCAAAUAUCGAGAGGAUAAUCUCAAUGAAAAAUUAAAAUUGGUAAAGGAUUAUAUCCUCCACAUCAACGAUGAUGUGUAUGUGAUCAACAAUACGCAUGACUACUACCACCAGAUGCAAGGGCAACUAGCCAUUUCCAAUGCCAAGUCUUGCUCAUUUGGACUCUAA